AGUUACUCUUAUGGGACAUGUAAAACUUGGGUGGUUUCUUAUUACUCGUUGUUAUUAGUUCUCCUUUAAGAAUCAACCAUCGUUUGCUAGCGCGAACAGCUUGUUUUCCUACCACCGUCGAUUGUCGUUACUCGUUAUGUUUUUGCUCUGCGGCGAAAAUAUGUUGGCGUAUAAGCUAUGACGAUGAUAAUCAUGUUCGGCGAUUUUGAGUUCCGGUCCGUCUACUUUUGCCGGUGCCAGUAAAGACGCAGCAACAGCACAGCUGCGGCGUUGCUAUCUUAGACUGCGCCAUUGAUCAACGGCCUAUUCAGACUUUGGAGCGAUUAUCGGAGUAUUUAUUCCCUCCGGCAUAAAAAUGGAUGUGAAAGAAAUUUCGAUGCAUACCGGCGAUAACUAAGAUUUAAGACCGGUUUUCAAAGACGAACAUUGCCGGCAUACGUAUAUGUAUUACCAGGUCCUGGUAUUACCUAUCCGGUAUCAGUGUAUCACUGGGCAAAACCAAAACUAUUGAAGAGCCAGCGAAGCGAAACAGUCUUUGUGGGUUUGCUGGACAUCUUAUUCAAUUGUGCGCGAUGGUGCGACAUAAAAGUGAACUGAAGAUGGACGGGGUUUCGGUGCCGGUAUCCCCGACCGCCCUGUACCCGGAUGGCUCCAACGAGGACGGCAGUCCGGCGUUGCCGCGCACGGCAUCGGCGCUGUCCAGCAUUUUCGAUCGGAGUCCUUCUACUCCGUCGCUUAGUCGCAGCAGCAGUCUCUUCGAGAUGAAACCGGCCACCUAUGUCCCGCUGAUCAAUCGCAUCAAGCAGAACAUCGAAGCCGGCAACAAGUUCUAUUCUUUCGAGUUCUUCCCACCCAAGACGCCCGCUGGAGCCACCAAUUUGCUGGCCAGGAUUGAACGUAUGGCCAGCGGUGGUCCUCUGUUCAUCGACAUCACCUGGCACACGGCCGGGGAUCCAUCCGGCGACAAGGAGACCAGCUCCAUGAUGAUCUGCAACGCCGCCGUGAACUAUGUCGGCGUGGAGAGCAUGCUGCACAUGACCUGUGCCCGGCUGUCCCGCCGUGAGAUCCGGGCAGCCCUCGACAAGGCCAAACGCUGUGGAAUUCGUAAUAUUCUGGCGCUACGCGGAGACAUUCCGAUUGGCGAUGAUACAUGGACACCUCCGGAAGACGGUUUCCAGAACGGCUGCGAGAUCACCGCGUUCAUACGCAAGGAAUACGGCGAUCAUUUCAACAUUUGUGUAGCCGGUUAUCCACAAGGCCAUCCUGACUGUGUCAACUACGAGGAUGAUCUGCGAUAUCUCAAGCAGAAAGUCGACGCCGGCGCCGAUUUUAUCAUCACCCAGUUGUUCUUUAAAUCUGAAGAGUUUAUCAAAUUCGUCAAAGACUGUCGCGAUAUUGGCAUCGAAGUGCCCAUCAUUCCCGGAAUCUUUCCAAUUCAGAGCUACGAUUCGCUACGACAAGUGGCCAAACUCUCCAAACUAACCGUCCCACCGGAGAUCCUGGCGGCCGUGGCGCCCAUCAAAGACAACGAUCAGGCCAUCCGCAAAUUCGGCAUGGACCUGGCCGUUCAAAUGUGCCGGGAGCUGCUAGACGCAGGCGCACCCAGCCUACACUUUUACACCCUCAAUUUGGAGGUGUCCAGCAUCGAGAUCCUCAAACGUCUGGGCAUGUGGACCCUGGAGCCCAAACGGAGUCUCCCUUGGAAGACCACUGCCAAUUACCGCCGCCGAGGCGAAGACGUCCGGCCGAUCUUCUGGCAGAAUCGACCCAAUUCUUACAUCCAGCGCACCUCGGAGUGGGAUGAAUUUCCCAACGGCCGCUGGGGAAACAGUGCGUCGCCGGCUUUCGGGAUGCUGAGUGAUUACCAUCUGUUCUAUCUGAACAGUAAGCCUCGUGAUCGCCUGCUGGAGAUGUGGGGGAAGGAAUUAAGUAGCGUUCAGGAUGUGUAUGAGGUGUUUUAUCGCUAUAUCACCGGCCGGUCGACGGAGGAGGGCGUGCGCAUUACGUCGCUGCCGUGGAGUGAUGGGGAGUUGAGCCCGGAGACGCUGCCGUUGGUGGAGCGCCUGGGAGAAUUGAACCGGAUGGGCGUACUGACCAUCAAUUCCCAGCCGAACGUUAAUGGGUUGCCGUCCACUGAUAAAGUGCACGGAUGGGGCGAUCCCGGUGGAUAUGUUUAUCAGAAGGCAUAUUUGGAAUUUUUCAUUGCCAGUGAGCGUGUAGAAAAGUUACUGUCCGUCCUGGAUAAAUAUCCCAGAGUGACAUAUCAUGUCAUCAACAGGGCGGGCGACGAAGGAUCCAAUCUGACCUCGUGUGAACCGAAUGCCGUCACUUGGGGCGUCUUCCCAGGAAAGGAAAUCGUUCAGCCGACCGUCGUGGAUCCACUGAGUUUCCGCUGUUGGAAGGACGAGGCCUUUGCUUUGUGGCAUGAACAGUGGGGGCACUUGUACGAACCCGGCUCCCCAUCCCGAGAGGUGAUCGAUACCAUCAUAAACUCCUUCUUCCUGGUCAAUUUAGUGGACAACGACUUCCCGGCCAGCAACUGCCUGUGGGAUCUGCUGACGGAAGUGCUCCAGUGAUACAACACAUAAUACUCACAACCAGCAUUUGAAUUCUACUCAGUUGGAAAUUUUACUCGUUCUCGUUGAAACUGUUGAUUUUUGAAUGGUCUUAUUAAUUUCCAGCUCUCCGUACUAUUGACAAAAAACCUGUUACGCACCAGUUAACAAAAUCACGACUAAAAACAACACGACAAUAAAAAAGGAAAUCCGAACAGCUCAU